GCACCAACUGGCGACCUGCGGGAAAGAUGCACAAGUUGGCUCGCCCCGAUCGCCCUAUAUUCUGCGGCAAUUUCGAGUACGAAGCACAGGAGCGCGAUGUGGUGCGGCUGUUUGAGACAUUCGGGCCCGUGGAUAAGAUAGAGAUGAAGGAGGGCUUUGCCUUCGUGUACAUGCGGCAUGUGUGUGACGGCGAGGCCGCGGUGGCCGCACUCCAUGGCUGGGAGUGGGGCGUGCAGCGGCGGCGGCUAAAGGUGGAGUGGGGCAAGCGCCAUGACUGGGAGUACCGCAGUCGCUGCAGCGGCUCCCCGCCCAGCCACAAGCUGUUCGUGAUCAACUUUGACCCGAGCCGCACCGGCGAGCAGGAGUUGUGGCGCUACUUCUCUCCCUUCGGCCGCGUCACCCGCGUGCAGAUGGUCCGCAACUUCGCCUUCGUGGUUUUUGCGGACCUGAGGGACGCAGUGGCGGCACAGCAGCGCACCAACGGCGCCAUUUUGGAGGGCCGCACACUCAACGUCGAGUUCUCAGCAUCAGGCGAAGGAGGCGGCGGCGGUGGUGGUGGGGCAGCAGCCAACACCGCCGCCGCGGUCGGCCUGCCGCCACUGCCGGGCAGCCCCGCCGCCGCCGCCACCACCUUCAGCCCUGGCCGCGCUGGCGGUGGCUACGGCUACAGCCUCGGCCCGGCUAAUGCGUACGGUGGCGGCGGCGGGUAUGACGGCGGUGUUGCUGACAGGGCGCUGCUCAUCGACCGAUGGUACUGCCCUCCGCCUCCGCCUCCGCUCGGCCUGAGGCUGCGGUCGCCAAUGCCGGCGGCGGGCAUCUCCCAUCGGCGGCAGGACCGGCUAGACCGGCGGCCCGGGGCGGCGGGGGCUACUGCCGCCGCUGCUACAGCUGGAGACGACAGCGGGCGGCACGAUCUGGAGGACGGAGAGUAUCGGCGCCGCAGCCGGAGCCGCAGCAGCAGCACCAGCAGCCGCAGCAGCAGCAGUAGCAGCGGGGGUGGGAACCCGCGCCGCCGGCAGCGGCGGAGGCGGCAGCGGGGUGGCAGGCGCGUCCGCAACCGGCGGGAGCGGGAGAGGGCCUCGCGGCGCAGCCGCAGCCGCAGCCGCUCAAGGACCGGGGGCGGCAGUGGCGACGGUGAUGACGAGGCCGACGACGUCGGUGCGGACCAACGGGACAAGAGGCGCAGCAGGAGCGGCGGCAGGAAGUCCUCCUCACGCUCCUGCUCACGCUCACGCUCUCGGCGGUCAGGCACCGCCUCCGCCGGCAGCCGCAGCCGCAGCGAUGAGCGGUGCAGCAACAGCCCGCCGCGCCGGCGGGGCCGCGGCCGGUCCCCCACCUCCCACAGCACCCGGCACCGGUCCGCGUCUCCCUCCCGCCGCCGCGGCAGCAGCAGCCGGCGGCGCGGCGGGAGCCGUAGCCGCCGUGGCGCUGAGCGCGGCCACGGCCGGCGCAACAGCAAGAGCAGGUCGCGACGGGAGGGCCGCCACCGGGACGAUUUCCUCCAAGGCCGAGACCAGAAGCGGUGAAAUGAGGACAACGCUGGGGGAGAAGUGGGAACCAUGGUGGUAGCUCCUGCAGGAUGACUGGCAGUUUUGUUUGUUUUGGGGGUCGGCACGCACGCGGCCACUCAUCACCCGCACCACGUUUCGGCCGCUGGUGACGGCAAGCUGGCCCUGGGCUGGUUUAGCUGGAUGGAGGCCGCAAAGAGGCAGUUGAAUCGACACAUCACGCGUACGUUGCACUGGGCAGUAGUCAUGGGCACUGGGCAGUAGUCAUGGCGUCCCGCCGGACGGGGCCUGGGAUGGGGCCGCACACUGGCUGCGGCGGACUAAUGCGCCAGCAGGAAGGUGUGCCAUUCUGGCCAGGCCGUGCAAAUUUAGUACAACGUGGCUGGCAUGUGGCGUUGAAAGGCACAAGGAGUGAGUUGAUGCAAAAUAUUAGGGGAGCCGUCCGUGGGAGCCGUCGUCUUUCCCACACUCAGUAACGUGACUUAAGGCUCGACUUACGGACGGAACCGGCAGGGCGUUGGAGUUGUCCAACGGAUGUGAUGUGGGCGACGGAUCGUUUCCAAGAACCCUAACGAGCCCUGUCUCAAACAGGAUUGUAUAUGCAGUAAGCAGUAACAACUGGCCGAACACUGGGCGUGUUGGUGGUUUAUCGGCGCCACCGCGGCGCCUCUCAUCCCGUCUGG